UGGACGGCAUACAGAUUUAAAAUUAAAAUAUACAAAGCCUGGCGAAAAACAUUUUCGGCUUCUUCGCCUGCAAUAAAAAUGUUCACACUCUGUUACUCUCUCCACCAGUGCUGCUAAGCCUGUUCAGAGCACAAGCUAAAUGUAGAGGAAUUAAAAACGUAAAAACUGCCUAGAAAAAUGAUGGACGCUUUGACAGAGCUUUGCGAUAUAAUGGCGCAGGAUGGCCAAAUUGCUGGCUCUAAGAUUGGCUGGAUUUACAGCAGAUGCCCUCAGCUAGGCUACUUUAGGCCUGGAUCUUCUGUUAGGGUUACUCAUUCUCAGCUGAAUGCAGUGCUAGCGAUGGCGCGGUUUUUGAGCGCUUCGUCUAAUCUAGAGAAGGAUCUGCUGAAUGUGCUGGUGGAGUUUCUAGAGGCAGUGCCUCUAUCUUUCGAGGAGGAAUUUUGGCCAAAGAAUUAUAGCGCAGAUGCUGUUGGAGGAUUUUACGAGGAGUUUAUGAAGUAUGGGAAGAAGAUUGCGAAUUCGAAACACGGCGAGGGUUUUAGGGCAGAUGUGAGCAGAAUCAUCGCGGAAAUUAUACAGGGAUUUGGUAGUAAUUUAUAUGAGACUGGAUUUGCAAGGGUAUUUUUGAGCGCUUUGGCGGGGAAUUGCCCCAGUCUGGAGGCUCCCGAUGCUGAAAAGGUAAGUGCAUUCUUGCUUGAUCAAUGGAUUAUUAAUUCAUCGGCUUCUUUUUCUUCGGCCUCAUCUGCAUUUAUCGUGACUUCGCCUUCGUCGGAUGCCUCGGCGGUGUCGUCUUCCUCUCCGUAUGGGAGAAAGGGCACCUAUUUGAACGGCGGCGGGGUUUCCAGCCCGGCGAGCGAGGAGACGCCCGGUUCGACCCCGGGUAGCACGCCGUCCAAGAUGAGGAAGGGAAAGGGAGAGUACAGAGGCGGGGAUGAGAUUACGAAUGAUAAUAAUUUUUGUUCUUCUUCGUCUUGCUCUUCUUCUGCAAAGGCGGCGAGGAUGGCAACGAAUGGCGGCGCGAGGAGUAGCCUGGAUCAGUUGGCCGUCACCUAUGGAUUGAAUGAGGUCGAAGCGGUGGUUAAGCAACAUGCCAUCGCGUUCGAGGAGGAGCCGCUGGAAGGGUUGGAAAAGCAGGAGAUUGCUUUUAGGUUGUUUGGACAUAUUUUGGAGAGCAGCACUGUUAAAGACGACCACUUGCAGCAGCUCAGGGUUGCAGCCGGAAAGCAGCUCAAGACUUUGCCAACAUUUCUCAAGAUACGGAAAAAAGAUUGGUCUGAACAAGGAGCUCUUCUUAAAAGAAGAAUAAAUACAAAACUGAGUGUCUGUCAGGCAGCAGCGGUGGUUCAGACUAAAGGACUUCUACUAUCUGAUUUAGAUGGAAAAGCCACCAAAUCAUUAUUACGUGAAACUCUUGCUCUUCUAUUGGAUGCAGCUGAUGCUUGUGUUAUUUCUUCUUGGCGAAAGUUAAGGGCUUGUGAAGAGCUUUUCAGUUCUCUUCUUUCUGGUGUGGUACAGGCAGCUGUUACACGUGGAAGCCAGGUCUUAAGGGUCUUGCUUCUUCGUUUGAAAGCACUUGUGUUAAUGACCUGUGCUCAAGCUGAUACUUGGGGCGACAGUCAAGGUACCUUGUUUGAAAUUGUCAGCAAAACUAGCUGUGACAUAAUUUCCUUUGGUUGGAACAAGGAUCGUGCCCCAAUAGAAUCAUUCAUACUUGCUUUGGCCGCAAACAUUCGAGAGAGAGCUGACUACAAUGAGCAGGAAGAAAGAGAAAAGCAACUUGUUCCAGUGGUUCAAUUGAAUGUUAUACGUUUGUUGGCUGACAUGGCUGUUUUGCUACAUAAGCCUGAAGUUGUAGAGAUGAUAUUGCCUCUUUUUAUUGAAAGUUUAGAGGAGGGGGAUGCUUCAACACCUAGCCUCUUGCGCCUUAGACUUUUGGAUGCUGUAGCUCGUAUGGCAAGUUUAGGAUUUGAAAAAUCUUAUCGUGAAACAAUAGUAUUGUUGACAAGGAGCUAUUUGGAUAAACUUUCUAUGGUUGGGUCUACCCAUAGCAGAACACUAGCUCCAGAAGCAACCACAGAAAGAGUAGAGACUCUGCCUGCUGCAUUUCUUUCAGUUGCAUGUGGUCUUCACGAUGCUAAAUUGCGGUCCGACUAUCGACACCGUUUGUUGGCUUUAUGCUCUGAUGUUGGCCUGGCAGCUGAAUCGAAGAGUGGAAGGAGUGGAGCUGACUUGCUCGGACCUUUGCUACCUUCUGUUGCUGAGAUAUGUUCAGAUUUUGCUCCUAAUGAAGAUGUGGACCCUCCUUUGCUGAAGUUAUUUCGGAAUUUGUGGUUUUAUAUUGUUCUGUUUGGUUUAGCUCCUCCUAUCCAGACUAACCAGCCAUCUUCAAAGCUUCUUACUACAACGACAAAUAGCUUAGGAAGCAUGAGUGCUAUGGCCCUUCAUGCAGUGGCAGGACCAUAUAUGUGGAAUGUACAAUGGUCAUCAGCAGUUCAGAGGAUCACACAGGGAACACCACCACUUGUAGUAAGUUCUGUGAAAUGGCUUGAGGAUGAGCUGGAGCUUAAUGCACUUCAUAAUCCUGGGAGUCGUCGAGGUAGUGGUAAUGAAAAGGCUGCAGUAGCUCAGCGGGCUGCUCUUUCAGCAGCUCUUGGGGGGUGGGUUGAGAUAACAUCUAUGAGCACAAUAUCGGGGGUCAAGGCAACUUACCUCCUGGCAGUUGCAUUCUUGGAAAUUGUACGUUUCAGUUGCAAUGGUGGCAUUCUUAAGAGUAAUUCUAGUGAGAGUAAGCACUUAAGUGCUUUUAAUUGUGUUUUCAAAUACCUUGAGACUCCAAACCUUUUGCCAGCUGUGUAUCAGUGUCUUACAGCAAUUGUUCACAGAGCAUUCGAGGCAGCUGUAUCAUGGCUGGAUGACAGAGUAACAGCAACUGGAGAUGAGGCAGAGAAGAGGGAAACUGUACUUGCAACACAUGCAUGCUUCCUUAUACAAAACAUUUCUCAUAGGGACGAACGUGUCAGGGAUAUAUCCAUCAUUUUGAUAAGUCAAUUACAAAAUAAAUUUCCACAGGUUCUCUGGAGUUCAUCUUGUUUAGACACAUUGCUCUUCUCGGUUAAUAAUCAAGUGCCAUCUGGUCUCGUUACAGAUCCUAGUUGGGUGCUUACGAUACGUUCUUUAUUGCAACGGGUUGUUCGAGAAUGGAUUAUCAACUCUCUUUCAUAUGCGCCAUGUACAACACAGGGGCUUCUACAGGAGAAGUUCUGCAAGCUGAACACAUGGCAAAGGGCACCUCAUACAAGUGAUGUGGUCUCUCUGCUGUCAGAGAUAAGGCUUGACCCUGGGAAAAAAGAUCGUUGGAAUGGUAUUCCAACAUCUAGUGUCCCUGCAGUCAUAGCUGCAGCAGCAGCAGCAGCUGGUUCCACUUUGAAAACAGCAGAAGCCUGCAAUUUGGAGAUUUUGUCCACUGGUAUAGUCAGUGCAAACGUGAAAUCUAACUAUGCAGGAGAAAUCGCUGGUAUGAGGAGGCUUUAUGUUAGUAUUGGUGGCUUUCAAACUCAGGCUAGAAAACUCCCUAUAGUUUUAGAUCCUUUUGACAGAAUGAGUACUUCUCAGAACUCAAGUGAGAAUGGAGAAUUGAUACAGCCUGAUAAUGCUGCAUUCAAUGAGAUGCUAGUUACAAAAUUUGUAAGGCUGCUCCAACAGUUUGUCAAUAUUGCUGAGAAAGGUGGUGUAAUAGAUAAAGCAUCAUUUCAUGAGACAUGCUCACAGGCCACCGCUCUUCUUCUUUCUGACUUGGGUGUUGAUGCAAAGGUGAAGCUGGAGGGAUUUUCCCAGCUGUUGCGCCUGCUUUGUUGGUGCCCAGCAUAUAUUUCAACAUGUGAAGCCAUGAAAACAGGGAUUUUUGUUUGGACAUGGUUAGUGUCAGCCGCACCCCACCUAGGGUCACUUGUUCUCGCAGAAUUAGUGGAUGCAUGGCUGUGGAUAGUGGACACGAAGCGUGGUCUUUUUGCUUCUGGAAUUGAAAAUUCAGGCCCUCCUGCUAAAUUGCGCCCUCAUCUUACAGCAGGUGAACCUGAUUUGCCACCAUCAAAGGAUCCUGUGGAGGGUAUUGCUGCUCAUAGACUGUGGCUUGGGUUUUUCCUUGAUCGUUUUGAGGUUGUUCGUCAUGAUAGUAUUGAACAGCUUUUGCUCUUCGGCCGCAUGUUGCAAGGUUCGAUGAAGUCUCCAUACCAUUUUUCAUCGCAUCCAGCUGCAACUGGCAGUUUAUUCACACUUAUGCUUUUAGGGCUUAAGUUCUGUUCUUGUCAGUUUCAGAACAAUUUACAGAAUUGUGUUCAGGGGCUUUAUCUCCUUGAAGACCGUGUUUAUCGGGCUGCAUUAGCUUGGUUUUCAAGUGAGCCCGAGUGGUAUGAUUCAGAAGUAAAGGGACUGGCUCAAGAUGAGGCUCAAUCAGUUUCUAAUUUUGUUAGUCAGUUGGCAGUGAACCGAGCUGAAUCUCCUAAUGCAGAAUCAGGGUCCAGGUCUCGUGGGCAGGAAAAUGGAACUGUGUCAGGCAACAUGAUGGAUCAAUGUCAUCCAGUUUGGGGAAAAAUAGAGAACUAUGGAGUGGGAAGAGAGAAGCGAAAGCAGUUAUUAUUGAUGCUCUGUCAGCAUGAGGCUGACAGGCUUGAUGUUUGGGCAAACCCCUUAAGAGAAAAUAUGGUAUCUCGAUCAAAAAUCAGUUCAGAUCGCUGGGCAGAAUAUGUGAGAACUGCAUUUUCUGUGGAUCCUAGAAUUGCAAUUUGUUUGGUGGCUAGGUUUCCUUCUGUAUCUUCUCUAAGGGCAGAGGUCAUGUCACUGGUACAGCAAAACAUAUUUGAAAUGCGCAAUAUUCCAGAAGCUCUACCUUUUUUUGUCACUCCAAAAGCUGUGGAAGAGAAUUCAGCGGUCCUCCAACAAUUACCACAUUGGGCAAAUUGUUCAGUUACAAGAGCACUUGAGUUUCUUACUCCACCUUUCAAGGGGCAUCCACGAGUUAUGGCAUAUGUUCUUAGGGUUUUGGAAUCAUAUCCUCCUGAAAGGGUUACAUUUUUCAUGCCUCAGCUUGUUCAAGCUCUGCGGUAUGAUGAAGGGAAGCUUGUAGAAGGUUACCUGUUGGGAGCUGCACAUAGAAGCAAUCUAUUUGCACAUAUUUUGAUAUGGCAGCUUCAGGGAGAGGAGCCUUCUGCUGAAGGAGGAAAAGAUGCUGGCAGUGUCAAGGGGAAUUCUUUCCACGAUCUUUUACCUCGUAUUAGGCAACGUAUCAUAGAUAGCUUUACUCCAGAGGCAUACGACAUAUUCAUUCAGGAAUUCCGAUUUUUUGACAAAGUAACUGAUAUUUCUGGUACACUUUAUCCUUUACGAAAGGAGGAUAGACGAGCUGGCAUACGGAGAGAACUGGAGAAAAUUGAAGUGGAUGGAGACAAUAUUUAUCUGCCGACAGAUCCAAACAAAUUGGUUAGAAGCAUUCAACUAGAUAGUGGGAUUCCCUUACAGUCUGCUGCAAAGGUUCCAAUCAUGAUUACAUUUAAUGUCGUGGAAAAAGAUGGUGAUCAGAAUAAUAUAAAGCCUCAAGCAUGCAUUUUCAAGGUUGGAGAUGACUGUCGGCAGGAUGUACUUGCUCUCCAAGUGAUUUCCUUAUUAAGAGACAUUUUUGAAGCAGUUGGGCUGAAUCUUUACUUGUUUCCAUAUGGUGUUCUUCCAACAGGUCCUGAGAGAGGUAUAAUUGAGGUGGUUCCAAACACACGUAGUAGAAAUCAAAUGGGUGAAACCACUGAUGGAGGACUAUAUGAAAUUUUCCAACAAGAUUAUGGACCUGUUGGCUCAUUGCGUUUUGAGGAAGCUCGUGAUAAUUUCAUAAUCAGUAGCGCCGGCUAUGCUGUUGCCAGUCUCUUGCUCCAACCAAAGGACCGUCACAAUGGAAACCUGCUUUUUGAUAAUAAGGGUAGGCUUGUCCAUAUUGAUUUUGGCUUCAUUUUGGAGACUUCACCUGGUGGCAACAUGCGCUUUGAAAGCGCACAAUUUAAAUUGAGUCAUGAAAUGACACAAUUGCUGGAUCCUAAUGGUCAUAUGAAAAGUGAAACAUGGAAUCGGUUUGUCAGUUUGUGUGUGAAAGGAUAUCUAGCAGCUAGGCGACACAUGGAUGGCAUCAUCAAUACUGUAUUAUUGAUGAAAGAUAGUGGACUUCCUUGCUUUAGUCGUGGAGAUCCUAUUGGAAAUCUACGAAAACGAUUCCAUCCAGAGAUGAGUGAGCGUGAAGCAGCAAAUUUCAUGCGACACACAUGCCUAGAUGCAUAUAACAAGUGGACAACUGCAGGCUAUGAUCUUAUUCAGUAUAUACAACAAGGCAUCGAAAAAUAAUUGCAUUGAAGGAAUCUGCCAUUUUGGGCUUCAUGGUGAUAUCAGAGAUUACUGUAAUCUUAUCCUCCACCCUUGUUAUCAUGUGAAAGUGAGGGAGUACAUAACUAACAUCAAAACUAUCUGCAGGAUAAAGUGGGGAACACAAUUAAUUAAAAUCGAAAAAUGCAUCCGCAGCCCAAGCUCCAAGCCUGCAUUAUUUGGUUACUAUAGUACGUUGUAGAUAUCAAGAUUUUUUGUGUCCUUGAGGCAUAGUGUAAUAUAAGUAGAUACCUUUGUCAUGCUCUUUUUCAACUUCAGUUCAGUUUAGUCAUAUUUAUGCAUUGGUGCCAACUGAGUUGAUGUGGAUUGAAUGUGCCAUUGCAAGAUGAGUAAUGAGCAGUGAAGAAUUUUAAAUUAUGGAAGGUCCUUUAUGGCAGCUGCUUGUAACCUCCAUUAUCCAAUUGUUGAAAAACAUUUGAAGCUGUUCGUGAUUUAAAUAAUUACAUGUAAUAUAUGAGCAGCACAGGCCAAUUUAAGUAGAUACAACUGCUGAUAACUGCAGGGGCAAAUCCUUAGGACA